AUGGCGACAAGGACAGCUACGAUGCCGCGAACCCGCGAAUACGGUGGGCGGUUCGCCAACGGCAACGCAGCCCCUCCUGCGCGGCGAGAAGGCGUCGAGUACAGCGUCAACUAUGUCACGAACUCAGCCGGCCAGACGGAGGAGGUCUUGACCCUCGCCGACACGCCAGAACCCGCUGCCGCCGCCGCGUCAACGAGUCGAGCCGCUCCUGCAGAGGCUUCAUCUUCGGCUGGUUCAUCGAGCAGGGCGCGGAACGACCCCUACAGUGGCUACCAGCAGCCUCCAGCUAAGAAGCGGAAGAGCGACGUGGGCGCGGGACAGGCUGGUUCUGAUGCUCAGGGGGUCGGCUAUGCCAGCAACUACACGACCGUCGCGCAGAACUACCCCUAUCAGCCGCCGCAACAGCAGUACCGCAACGCCUACCAGCCGGGACCGACGACGGGAACGAAGCGCAAGCACGACGACUACGACCGCGACAACCGACAGAAGGCGAAGCAGUCCGCGCCGGCAAGUUAUGCCGACAGCGAAGGCCACUUCAUCGUGACCGUCGGCGCCGUCGUCACGGAUGCUUCGCGAAGGCAAGAGUACCACAUCGAGCGACUGCUCGGGCAAGGAACGUUCGGCAAAGUCGUCAGUGCGAGGUGUAAACAGGACAACAAGCGCUACGCGGUCAAGAUCAUUCGCGCUGUGCACAAGUAUCAGGAAGCAGCGAAGACCGAGAUUCGCGUCCUCGAGCGACUAGUACGAGCGGAUCAGCACAACCUCAAGAAAUGCAUCCCGCUCGUCGCGCACUUCGAUUUCUACGGCCACACCUGCCUCGUGACGCCCUUACUGUCGGCUUCCGUCUUCGACUUCCUCAAGGAGAACCGAUACGAGCCCUUCCCGCUGAGUCACGUGCAGAAGUUUGCGAAGCAGCUCUUGACCAGCAUCGAGUUCGUACACGACAACGGUCUCGUGCACACCGACCUGAAGCCCGAGAACAUCCUCCUGGAGGAUACCGACUCCGUCAUCGUGCCGAACCGAAGAAACAUGAAUCGCAAGAUCCUGCGGAACACGAACAUCCAGCUCAUCGACUUUGGCAGCGCAACGUUCGACAAGGAGUACCACGCCCAGAUCGUCUCGACACGGCAUUACCGGGCGCCCGAGAUCAUCCUGAACAUGGGCUGGAGCUUCCCGUGCGACAUGUGGUCGAUCGGCUGCAUCCUCGUCGAGUUCAUCACCGGCGAGGCGCUCUUCCAGACGCACGACAACCUCGAGCAUCUCGCCAUGAUGGAGCGCGUGUUUGGUCAGAUGCCGUCCUCCGUCGCUAAAACUGGCUACAAGAGCAUCUUGCGCACGCAUCCCGACUGGUUCAAGCAAGCACCGCCGACAGGAAGGGCCCGAACGAGCAAGGAGGUCCUCCUGAACUUCCCGCAGGCGACGACGCCAAAGCAGUCGACCAAGUUCGUCCGCGGCAUGCGGGAGCUCAAGGACAUCAUCAAGCCGCAGGACGUCGCGAGUCAGCGCUUCCUCGAGCUGUGUACCGGCCUGCUCAAGUGGGACGUCCGCGAUCGGCUGAACGUCAAGCAGGCGCUCGCACAUCCGUUCUUCAAGAUCUCCGACAUCAUGGACGAGGGCAACCCGGCGUACCGAGAACAGCAGGCGCAGGCACAACAAGCGAGGGCGCCCGCCGCCCAGCGAUGA